CUGGAUAGGAUCUCAACCACAAGCAAUGAUGAUCGUAAGCAGCUGUGUUCGAUAGUACUCUAUGCAAAUUGCUUCAAUGCUUUAUUAUUUCCUGAUAAGACCCGUGUGCUUGCUUUACGAUAUAUCUCCUGGAGGGAAAUAGAGCUGUCAGAAUCAGUUCCAUUGUCCCAGGAGAAGGCUCUAUUAUCGGGCACUCCAUCAGUUUCAUUACAACUCUACAAUCAUACGGAGAGUUUGCAGUCGUCAAGACAACUCAAGUCGUUGUUAAGGAACCAUGAAGCCUGUCAUGAAUUGAAGAGCUCGCAUUCUAAUCGGAAUUUUUCAAUGAGCAGAGCAGUAGCAGGUAAGAUCGAGUGUUAA